UGUCUAGAUCGCACACGGGACCAACAAUUUAUGGCAUUAAGUCUACCGUCAACUACACUGUCCAGACACCAUGGUCCAUUCGGUAUAAAGACUAACUGAGCUGGCUACUGUUCGGACAUACAGCAUCAAGCUAAUGCAGCUUGCACUUGCAACCAUCGUGUAGUAGAAACAGCAGAAAGAUAGUACGAUGCCAGAAAAUACCUCACCAGCUUGCCUGAACGCUUCGGCCGACGCACCGGAAUGGUUGAACGAUAAGUACGUAGAGAAACUUUUGCGCUGCGCGUUUAAGGAUGUGUCGAUCAAGGUGCGCCAACUGGAUGUAUGCUAUGCCGUGCCGAAAGGUAACAACUAUGCUAGCAUCAUCUUUCGUAUUGGUGUUACGUAUCACUCCAAGCAACAGUAUGAAAUUACAAACACCUUCAUUGUGAAAGGCAUGAUCACCGAGGGACUGGCAGGGGAAAAACUUCGCCAGUACGAUGUACAGCGUAAGGAGAUGGACGUAUAUCAGUUUGUUGUUCCCGAGCUGAAGCUGAUGAUGAAAUCGAUCGGUGAAACUGGUGAGCUGUACCCAACCGCCUUGACGGUGGAUCGCAAGCGUGAAGUGAUCGUGUUCAAGGAUCUUGCCCCAGAAGGAUACCGAAUGGUGGAUCGAACACAGGGCAUGGACAUGCAACACAUGAAGAUGGCCAUCAAACUAAUGGCGAAGAUGCAUGCCGGCUCGCUGAAGUUGCAGGAAGAACAGCCCAACAUUUUCACACCGUACGACACGAGCAUCGUGACACGCCGGACGGACGCAUUCUAUCCGAUGUUUAUUCACAUCUUCAAUUCGCUCACCGACGAGGUCGGCAAAUGGGGCCCCGAGUGGCAGUACUAUCACGCGAAGCUGCAAACGCUCGGUCCUAACUUUAUCGAGUACUCGCAGCGCGUCAUAGAUAAUGAUCCCGCUAGUGAAGAUUUGUGCGUUUUCGUGCAAGGUGAUUUGUGGGUAAACAACUUCCUGUACAAGUAUGAUACGCACGGCAAUCCGGUCGACGCAGUACUGCUAGAUUUCCAGUACUGCUACUACGGCACACCGAUGAUCGAUUUUUGCUACUUGUACUACACUUCGGCCCGCGAUGACAUUAGACAGUGUUGUUUCGAUGAGCUUCUGCAGUACUACUACUAUCAGCUGACAGACUAUGCCCGGCGGCUGCAAUAUGGCGGCAAACUCCCAACGCUCUACCAGUUCCUGCAGCAAUCGCUUCGUAAAAUGUUCUACGCUGUGUACUCGACAUUCAUCGCACUACCGGUACAAAUGAACGAAAACACGGAAAAUGCUGACUUCGAUGCGCUAAUGUGUAGUGAUGACCGGGCCCAGAACUUUAAGCGGAUGAUAGUGUCGAACACUAAAUAUCAUACCAUUCUUCGCGGUUUGCUUCCCCAGUUCGAUCGCAAGGGACUGCUGGACAAGCUGGACUAGGAUGCUGUAGAUUUCUUAAGUAUACAACUAAUGCCAAGCCCUUUCUAUGUUUUCAAUAAACAACAUUUCUGGAACGACCUAAAUGGUCCAACAAACGAAAA